AUGGAGGCCGCCCACCUGCAGCCAGCCGCCGCGGUGCUGCGGCGCUUCUCGGUGCAGGAGAGCUGCGGGCUGAGCCCCGAGCAGGUCCGCUGCAGCCGCCAGAAGUACGGGCUCAAUGAGCUCCCAGCGGAGGAAGGGAAGUCCCUGUGGGAGCUGGUGUUGGAGCAAUUUGAUGACCUCCUCGUGCGCAUCCUCCUGCUGGCAGCCUUCGUGUCUUUCAUCCUGGCCUGGUUUGAGGAGGGUGAGGAGACCGUGACAGCCUUUGUUGAGCCAAUGGUGAUCAUUCUUAUUCUCAUCGCCAAUGCUGUUGUGGGGGUGUGGCAGGAGAGGAACGCAGAAAGUGCUAUCGAGGCUCUGAAGGAAUAUGAGCCUGAGAUGGGGAAGGUGAUCCGCAUGGACCGCAAGGGCGUGCAGAGGAUACGGGCUCGCGAUAUUGUCCCUGGAGACAUCGUAGAAGUGGCAGUUGGUGACAAGGUGCCAGCUGACAUCCGCCUCAUCGAAAUCAAGUCUACCACGCUGAGAGUUGACCAGUCCAUCCUGACAGGUGAAUCCAUGUCUGUGCUCAAGCACACCGACCCCAUCCCUGACCCCCGGGCCGUGAACCAGGACAAGAAGAACAUGCUGUUCUCAGGCACCAACGUCGCUUCAGGCAAGGCCGUGGGCGUGGUGGUGGCCACCGGGGUCUACACGGAGAUAGGUAAGAUCCGCAACCAGAUGGUGGCCACGGAGCCGGAGAAGACGCCGCUGCAGCAGAAGCUGGACGAGUUCAGCCAGCAGCUGUCCAAGGUCAUCUCCAUGAUUUGCGUGGCAGUCUGGGCCAUCAACAUCGGCCACUUCAGUGACCCCGUCCACGGUGGUUCCUGGCUCCGCGGCGCCAUCUACUACUUCAAAAUCGCCGUGGCCUUGGCGGUGGCAGCCAUCCCGGAAGGGCUCCCCGCCGUCAUCACCACCUGCCUGGCGCUGGGCACCCGGCGCAUGGCCAAGAAAAAUGCCGUUGUGCGCAGCUUGCCCUCCGUGGAGACCCUGGGCUGUACCUCCGUCAUCUGCUCCGAUAAGACUGGAACCUUGACCACUAACCAGAUGUCUGUCUGCCGGAUGUUCAUCGUUGACCAGGCAGAGGGAGCUAACUGUAGCCUUCAUGAAUUCAGCAUCACGGGCUCUACCUAUGCACCCGAAGGCCAAGUGCUGAAGGAUGGGGAGCCUAUUCAUAGCAGCCAGUAUGAUGGGCUGGUCGAGCUGGCCACCAUCUGUGCCCUCUGCAACGAUUCAACCCUGGAUUACAGUGAGUCCAAGAAGGUCUAUGAGAAGGUUGGAGAAGCCACAGAAACGGCCCUCACCUGCCUGGUGGAGAAGAUGAAUGUCUUUGACACAGAUGUGAGCCAGCUGUCCCGGGUGGAGCGAGCUGGAGCUUGCAAUGCGGUCAUUAAACAGCUGAUGAAGAAGGAGUGCACCUUGGAAUUCUCGAGGGACCGCAAGUCCAUGUCUGUGUACUGCACACCCAUUGGCCCAGUCCAGCCCACCUCAGGCAGCAAGCUGUUUGUGAAGGGAGCCCCAGAAAGUGUGAUUGAGCGUUGCAGCUACAUGCGUGUUGGCACCAGGACCGUUCCCCUCACCCCUGCAGCCAGGGAGAAGAUCCUGGCUCGUAUCCGGGACUGGGGUACAGGCAUUGACACUCUGCGCUGUCUGGCACUGGCCACGCGAGAUGCCCCUCACAAGAUGGAGGACAUGCAGUUGGACGAUGCCACCAGGUUCAUCAACUAUGAGAUGGAUCUGACCUUCGUGGGCUGCGUGGGGAUGCUGGACCCUCCCCGGAAGGAGGUCACUUCGUCCAUCGAGAUGUGCCGCAAGGCCGGGAUCCGAGUGAUCAUGAUCACUGGAGACAACAAGGGCACGGCGGUGGCCAUCUGCCGGCGCAUCGGCAUCUUCUCGGAGACCGAGGACGUGUCCCGCAAGGCCUACACAGGCCGGGAGUUCGACGACAUGGCCCCUGAGCAGCAGCGCGCCGCCUGUCAGAAUGCCCGCUGCUUCGCUCGGGUGGAGCCGGCCCACAAGUCCAAGAUUGUGGAGUACCUGCAGUCCUUCCGUGAGAUCACGGCCAUGACUGGAGACGGUGUGAAUGACGCCCCUGCGCUCAAGAAGGCCGAGAUCGGCAUCGCCAUGGGUUCGGGGACGGCAGUGGCCAAGUCGGCAGCGGAGAUGGUUCUGUCUGACGACAACUUCUCCACCAUCGUGGCGGCGGUGGAGGAGGGCCGGGCCAUUUACAACAACAUGAAGCAAUUCAUCCGCUAUCUCAUCUCCUCCAAUGUGGGAGAAGUCGUAUGCAUCUUCCUGACAGCCAUCCUGGGCCUUCCGGAGGCACUGAUCCCCGUUCAGCUGCUCUGGGUGAACCUGGUGACCGAUGGGCUGCCAGCCACAGCCCUUGGCUUCAACCCCCCUGACCUGGACAUCAUGGAGAAGUUACCCCGGAAUCCUCAGGAGCCCCUCAUCAGCGGCUGGCUGUUCUUCCGCUACCUGGCCAUUGGAGUGUAUGUGGGCCUGGCCACUGUGGGGGCGGCCAUGUGGUGGUUUCUGUAUGAUAUAGAAGGACCUCAAGUCACCUUCCACCAGCUGAGGAACUUUAUGAGGUGCACGGAGGGCAACCCGCUCUUUGACGGCGUCGACUGUGAGGUCUUUGAGUCUCGCUACCCAACGACAAUGGCCCUUUCUGUGCUGGUGACCAUCGAGAUGUGCAAUGCACUCAACAGCGUAUCAGAAAACCAGUCUCUGCUGCGGAUGCCCCCCUGGCUGAACCUCUGGCUGCUGGGCGCCAUCAUCACGUCCAUGGCCCUGCACUUCCUGGUCCUGUAUGUGAAGCCGAUGCCUCUCAUCUUUCAGGUGACCCCCCUGAGUGGGCAGCAGUGGGCGGUCGUGCUGAAGAUCUCCCUGCCUGUCAUUUUGCUGGAUGAAGGCCUUAAGUACCUCUCCCGAAACCACCUGGCUGAAGAAAAGGAGAAGAAAUGACGGAUGGGACCCCCACUCUCUCUCCACAUUGUGUUUCUGCCUGAAGCCUCAGGGACUGGCUCUACUGAAAACUGCUGCUCCCCUGGCCAGUGAAUGUCUGAAAGCAACAUCCAGAUUCUUUGGAUUCCUGCCCUUCCAUUUUUUGGGGGGUUUUUGUUCACAUUUGUCUGCAGCCCCUGCCCUCCUCAGGGCUUUGCCCUCCCGUGCUCAUGUCUCAUUCAUCGUCUGUCUGUCUGCCUGUCUGUCUCUCCUCCCCUCCCCUCCCUUCCCCCCUCCUCUCUCUCUCUCUCUCUCUCUCUC